AUGGUGACGGCUGCCAUGGCAAGGGCUGCCACCAUCCCCACAGCCCUUGGGGACCAGAGCUGCCAGGAGCUCCCCGGGGCCAUGGGCAGCCAGGGGAAAGCAUCGGCCUCUGGCUGGGCCAGAGCAGAGAAGGGCUCCUGGCUUAGUCAGCUGCCCCAUUUCCAGUUCAAGGAGAUAAUGAAGAGGCGCAAACGCCAGCAGGAAAGGCUGAGCCCGGGAAUGUACGACAUCAGGGACUUUCUGCAGGAGACACGGCCCUCCAGCCUCUGGGGGAUCUGUGACACGAGGGAGCAGCGGUUCAGAGAUCCCCACAGGGACUGCUUCCCUGGCCCCGGCACGUACGGCCCCCGGGGGAACCCCUACACCCGCCUCGAGGAGAGGGACAAGCGCUCCGCCAGCACGCGAGGACUGAUGGACAGCAGGACGGCGAAGUGUGCCCUGCCGGCAGCCGUGGGCAGCGGCCUGGGACCCGGCACCUACCACCUGCAGAGCAGCAUCGACGAGGGGCUGCGGCGGCCGGGUGGCCGCAGCCCCUGCCAGCCCUUCUCGAGGGACAGGGUGAAGCCUGCCCGCGGUGGCCAUCACGCCUUGGAGAGGAGACGUGCCGAGCCAAGCACUGGCACUGUCAAGGGUUUCGUGGAUGAGCUGAUGUUUAAGGAGAACAAGAAGAAAGGCUGCUUCAGCACCCUGCCGAGGAACCCGGGCUGCCCCACGGAGAGGAUCUUCUGGGCCACGCUCAGCCAGUGCCCGAGAGAGGCGUAUGUGGCGGGGCCGGGCUCCUACAACCCAAAGCCCAUUGAGAGAUCAGCAUAUUCCAGCCAAUUCCAACCCCCAUUCUGGUCAUCUGCCAAGAGGUUCGACAGAAGGUCCUACCACCUCUUUACUGGGAACGAGAACUCUGUAGGUGUUGGUCGCUACGACAUCACCGAGCAUGAAAAAUACCCUCAGAAGAUGAGAUACCGGUCCCUGUACCGGUGUGAUGCGCAGCGGUACCUCAGCAACUUGAAGCGGGAUGCCUGCUUGCUCGAGCGGCUCAAGCCUGUUGCUAAAAACAACUGGAGUGAUUUGAUUUUUGCUCCACGUUGUCCAGACACCUCUGAUGAAGUCACUGCCGUUUUCCAAACAUAA